CAUAUAGAGCCAACUAGCUAAGUCGUAUACAGCUCGCGGCUCUUCAACCUCCGAGAAUGACACCUUUCUACCUAUUUAACUUGCCGGUGUGUAACACCUGAUGGCUGGUUCACUCCCGCAGACCGCUAUGAACGGCGUUCUCAGUUUGGCAUGUACCCGUCUUGAACCUUUUCACCAUCGGAAAGCGAACUCCUAUCGCCGUCUACAACCACCAUAGUAGCAUAUUAGCUUCCGCACUCAAGAUGGCGGCAACCAAAGACGCAGUAGCAGCGGUGCCAGCGUCGAGGCCGAGCAAGGAGAAGCUGGUCAAAACACACCAAGCACAUCUGAAGAAGCAGGCCAGCUCGCCAAAUGCACCUCGGCCAGUGAAGCAGCCGAUCCUGUCGGAUGCAUAUCCGCCAUCGACAAAAUCUAUUAGAGAGCUUGAAAUCAUCCCAUUAUGCGAGCUUGGCGCAGAGACACACCACCGCGGCAAGGGCAUCAUCGUCAGGGUGAUCAGCGCGCCAUUCGUGGGUGCCGGCGCCGUGAGCAUCGUAGAGGACGAGUUCGGCAACGCCGACAAGCUAGCCAUCUACAACCAGCCCGACUCGUCCAUCCUUUCCGGGGCGCCCGAGGGAUGCGUGGUGGCGGUCAAGGAGCCGUACUACAAGAACAACGGCGCCGAGGACGACUUCAUGAUCUGCGUCGACCACCCGUCCGAUGUCAUCCUGUUGCGGUUCACGGACCCGAUCAUCCCGGAAGCGCUGAGGCUUGGACCGCUCCUCAAGACGGCAGAGGAAUGGAAGAUUGCGGGCGACCGAGCUUUCAUCGAGAAGGACUUCCCGACGGCUGUGUUCUGCUAUACCGAAGCCCUAGAAGCCUCGGAGGACCCGGCCUUCCAAGCGCCGAUCUACACCAAGCGCGCCGGCACCAACCUCAUCCUGGGCCGGUACGACGCGGCCAAGGCGGACGCCCUCGCCUCGCGCACGGGGGGACCGCAGGACUGGAAAGCCUACUACAACGCCGGCCGGGCCGCGUACGGGCUGUGCGACUACGGCGAGAGCAACACGUAUCUCUCGGCGGCGCUCAAGCUGAACCCUUCCAACGCCAGCAUCCAGAGGGAGCACGCGCGCUGCCAGGCGCGGCUGCGCGAGGAAGCGAACGGGGACGAGACCGAGUACGACUUCGCGGGCCUCCUAGCCUCGCUUGUCGUGGUGGCGGGCCCGCAAAGUCAAAGUCAAAGUCAAAGUCAAACAACGGCGGUGGCAGUGCACCUCGACCGCGGCUCCUUCCUGCGCAAAAACACGCGCGUCGCCGAGUCGGCGCACCACGGGCGGGGGCUGUUCGCGGCGCGCGACAUGAAAGCCGGCGAGCUGGUGUUUGUCGAGAAGGCAACGCUGAUGCCGAACCAGUACGACCCGGCGCGGGCGUCGGCCGCGCUGUACGCGCUCAUGGUGCGCCAGCUGUGCGACAACCCGUCGUCGCUUUCCGGGCCGGUGCUGGAUCUGUAUGCUGGAGGUGGCGCUGGCGGGGGAGAUGACAGGUACUAUGAGCGGAGCGGGAAGGAGGGGACUAUUGUGGAUGGCGUGCCCGUCGUGGAUGUGUUUCUGGUCGAGCGGAUCCGCACGACCAACUGCUUCAGCGCGCCGCGGGCGACGGUCCUGGAUACGGCGCCCAGCGCGCCCGAGGGACAGCAGGCCAAGGGCCUGUGGCUGCACGCCAGCCGCAUGAACCACAGCUGCGUGCCGAAUACCAUGCGCUCGUUCCUGGGCGAUCUGCUGAUCAGCCGCGCGACGAGGGAUAUCACGGAAGGCGAGGAGCUCUUCCAGCAGUACAUCCCCGUCAAGCCGCUGCCGGAUGUGCGGAACGAGAAGUUCAAGGAAGGGUGGGGGUUUGAGUGCGAUUGUGUCUUAUGUGUCGGGGAGAGGCGGAGUCCGGAGGCCAUGCUGGCCAAGAGGAAGGAGGUGCUCGCAGCGGUAGAGAAGCUGUGCAACAAGAAGCUUCCGCGCAGGGAGUUGAUCCCGGAGGCGACGAUCCGCAACGUCGAUCGGUUGAUGAAGCAGCUUGAGGACGCACACGAACCUGAGGUAUACGACGGCCUUCCGCGGCUGACCCUGAUCUACCCGUGCAACUGGCUCGUUGCGGCACAUCGCGGGCGGAAGAACUACGCCAAGGUGGUCAAGUACGCCCUGAAGGUGUUGCGCAACUUUGGCUUUCGGGUGCCGGACGACGGCUCGGCGGUGUGGGAUCCCAGGGACAUGUACACCAAAUCUGGUAACGCAUCGCUCAUGACGGUCCACGUGGUGGCUGCUCUUAGGAACCUGGCGGAAGCGUACAAGGCGCUGGGAUAUGAUGAGAUGGCUGGGAAGUGCAUCGAGGCGGCCGAGUUUGGGUACCUGAUGGUCACGGGGUUCCAGAAUGACUUGGCAACACUGGACAAGUGAUGCGGAUGGAAGCAACUGUUGGGCAUUUUGAUGUACGAUAGUACCAAACGGGGUCAAAUUGGUUUAGGGCUGUUUCAUGGAUCGUAAACUAGUAGCAGAAUCUGAAGAUUACCUACCGUA